CAACCACUGGCUGACUUUGGAUGAGGAGGAGGAAGCAGGGAAGGAGGGAAAGGGAGCGCUGGGGUUGGGGGGGAUUCGGUGAGGACUGUGGGAGCAGAGCAAUGCCAUCAAGAGGCAGAAGGGGAGUCUCUAUCUAUCUGGGUCCAUGUCUCUUCACUGUUCCCACAAGCGUCGUCAGCGCACCGCCUGCCGUUCUACCUCUGGAUUUAAGUCUGCCGGAUUACCGCUCGGACUCUCACAUCAUUGUUGGAUGCUGCCACGUUUAAAUGGGAGGCAAAGUUGGACCUCCAUGGACUGCACAAAUGGUGACCAACACUUUGAUUUUUCUUGCAUCUCUAAGAGCAUCCUAGCGUUCAAAAUGAUUGCACUUUUCUUGAGUAAAAGUCUUUUUAUAUGCUUACUCAAAGUAGGACUGUUUUUUGGCAAUAUGACGUUAUGAACUUGGCUGUGGACUGAUUUUUGUUUGGUAUUGGAGAUGUGUGAAAAAAGCAAUAUAUGAUAUACAUCUUCACCCAUUUAAAAGUCAUUUUUGCCAAUAUGUGACUGUAGCACUUUUUUUUAAUGAUAUAUUAGUGUGACAUUUGUAUGACGCGUCAGUGUGGGGACUGUAUAUUGGACUGCAGGUGAACUUGCAUCCCUCCCAGUUUUUCUAUCUCCAAGGGAACCCUCGCACUAAACUCUUCCCUGUUAACCCAUUUAGGGCUCCCCUGUGGCGGCUUCUCUAAAACCUUUUGUCCUACUCCAGUUUUUGCCGAAAAACAAAAGCCACAGCGGAAAAAGAGGGCACUGCGAAGGAAGACACCCCCCUCCCAAAGUUGAGAGGGGGGUGGGAAGAUGGCAGCUCUCGCCAGCUCACUCAUUAGACAGAAACGGGCGGUCAAGGAAGACCAAACCAAUCGACCAGUAGCCAACAAGCGUAAGCCCUGUCCGAAGAGCAACAAGUCCUUGUGCCAGAAACAGAUCCUGGUUCUGAUCUCCAAAGUACGACUAUGUGGGGGUCGCAAAGGUCGCAACGAGAAAAGACCCGAUCCACAGCUGAAAGGCAUUGUUACGCGCUUGUACAGCCAACAUGGAUACUACCUUCAAAUGCAGCCUGAUGGCACCAUGGAUAGUACAAGAGAUGAGAGCAGCUCUUUUUCACAGUUCAACUUAAUUCCAGUAGGACUGCGGAUUGUGGCAAUCCAGGGUGCAAAGACGGGGCUGUAUCUUGCCAUGAAUAGUGAAGGAUACCUCUAUACCUCUGAGAACUUCACUCCGGAGUGUAAGUUCAAGGAGAGUGUGUUUGAGAACUACUAUGUAACAUACUCCUCCAUGCUCUAUCGGCAAACCCAGUCUGGCCGCUCUUGGUAUAUCGGUAUCAACCGUGACGGCCAUGUCAUGAAGGGGAACCGGGUAAAGAAGAACAAAGGAGCUGCACACUUCCUGCCUAAAGUUAUCGAAGUUGCAAUGUACAAGGAGCCAUCGCUACAUGAGCUCACACCUGAGCCUGUGAGUCCUCUUCGAAAGACCACCAAAACAUCAGAUUCCCCGUCCUUAAAGAAUGGCCGUAAAGAAGCUCCCAAGGCUGAUGCCUCAUAGCACAGGAGACAGAGGGUGGGUCAGAGGGCAACAGUGACACUUGGAACACAGUCACCCAUCAUGCACAGAGGGUGUCUGGGUGAAUGGCCCUCAGGGGCCACCACAUUCCAAAAGAGCACUAUAAGAUGCUGAGGGAUGAAGGGUGAGUAGUACAUCAGCAGCCAAGAGGUGGAGAGAAGAGUCAUCUCCCCCUCGCUUGUCACCGCAGAAUGACAGCCCUGGGCCCUGAGCCAGAACAACGAGCACCCCUCCUUCCUGUGUUUGUCAUCUUCUCAGCCCCUUCUGAUUUCCUAAUGCACAUCCUACCCCAUUUCUGUCAUAAUGGGCUAUCUUUGUCACUUUUACAAUCUUGCCUUUUCUCCCAUGCCAAUGCAGCGCUUUUUUUCUAUUGUAAUAUUAUAGUCACCAUUCACACAUUUCUAGAGCGGCCUCGACUUCAUAAUCCUCACCCAUGGGCCCACUCUUGAUCCCUAAAGUUGGUUACGAUGUCGCACCGCCAGCUUUUCCCCACACCAUCUGCCGACCAGCUCAGCUAAUCAUCAAGGUCAACUAAAGCUCAACAAGAGAUGAAACAGCUCAGAGAGUAACAACGUCAACUGGAAUCCUGGGUCAAGUCAGGUCAGAGCAAGAGGGAGGAGAGUGAGGACAGACUAUCAGAUCAAAGUUUAGGUCCUCAGCACUAAAAGCCCCCUCUUCUUAUUACCUUUUUAUUUCAAGAACCCAAUCAAAAUCCAACUGUGCCAGAUUUCUGUACCAUAGAAACAAAUAAAAUAAAAACACUAUUCUUCAAAAGAGUAUCCAUUAAAUGUAAUUAUAAAAGCUAUAAAUCAAUAGGUUUAUGAAUAGGGACAGUCGCUAUCAAGAAAUAAAAAUAAAGGACUGAGACACUAAAAGAGAAUAAGUCACAUCCGCUUCCCAAGCUUUUCUACCCACCAGGUGAUCACGUAUUAUUAGAGAUCUUGCUCAAACGCUACACAUGAAGAACUGGGUCAUAUUUUCAAUCCAGUGUGGAUCAGAAAGCAGUCAUGUGAAAAACGAGCGGAAGUGUAUACUUCACUCGGCAUCUGCUGUCAGCAUAAAGCCGGGUUUGAAGGCAAACAUCAAAGCCAGAGGAGCCUCUGAGCGUGGAGCACUUGUUAUUCUGACGAUGUCUGGCAGCUUAUCCACCCGCUCACUUUAUCAAAUCACCUUGGAAGAAUCACCCUCAAAAAUGUAGCUGUCUGAGUGGAUGUCUUGGUGUGACUGCGCUGUAACCCCUGUGUGUAGAUGUCUUUGACUGUACAGAUACACUUUAUUGUGUGUAAACGAGUGCAAGGGAAUGGAUACUUACUGCAGGUAACCUUAACAGUGUCAUUCAGGAAGAAGCAUGGCACUGUUUCUGGCACUGUUUCUGCAGUGGAGUAGGCGAUGCAUUGUGUGGACUCUUAUCACUUUUAAGUUCCUUUUCUAGGCGUGUAUGGUAUUUAAGUUUUGGCGCCUUUUUAGAAUAUAUGCAAAUUUGCGUCACUCUAGAAAUACAGUAAAGGGGAGCUUUGGGUGGUGACCAGUAAGGCAAGAAAAAGAAUGUUAAAAGAACAAUAUUCUGUUAAUGUAAACCAGAAAACAGACAACAGAGCUGUGACGUAGAUUGAAAUAUAAUCAAUAUGGCCAUGAAAAGUACAUUUUACAAUGGGAUAGCGUACAUUUUUAACUCGUCCAUGUGAAAGGUUUGUAGGAUUUAAUACAAAAAGUUAUAGUAACUGAUAGAAAAAUCUGUCAUGUUUUGAAACAGUUUAAAAAAAAAAAGAUAACAUAGCAAUAUUGUGACAAAAGAAAACAACAGGAGGACACCUUUUUUCGUUUUACACAUUAUUACUAUGAUAUCAGUUAUGUGAAGAUUGGUAAAGAAAGUGUACUGGAGGCUUUAUAUUUUGAGUGUGACAUUUAGUGUGGAGGCUGGUAAUGUUGAAAGACUGACAUGUGGAAUAUGCCAACAAAGAAUGCUUCCAGUAGGGUAUGCAAGGCUUUUAGCAGGGAUGUAGGAGGCAUGCAGAUAUUAUAAUGAAUGUAAGAAUGUAAGUUAUUUGUCAUGAAGCUUCCUGUUUUGGGGGUUGGGGGCAGGGGGUGUUACUAAUUCCAAAAAUGCAUUGUAUGUGUUUAUACAAUUUUUGUUUUUAUAUAGCUAUUUAUAACUAUUAUUUGAUAGCAGUAUGGGGUACUGUAGAUCUCUCUAAUAGGCUGAUUCAGCUGUCAGCCCGUUGACAGUGUCACAAUGUAAUAAUACGGUAUAAUAAAUAUCCGAUAUUACCAUUUCUCUACACUGAAGAAGGCCCCCGCAAGUUGUCAAGACUGCAGUACACCAAGUAGACAGAAAAGAACAGAGAAUGUUGAAAUAGCCUGAUAUUGUAAGUCAAGUGAAAAAUGGAUUUGGUUAAAAGUUUAAAGAAAAUAGUAAGUUGGUAGUAAGUCGAAAGUGCAUGAAACAUUUAAUCAUGGGUUAUGAGAGGUCUGUUUGUUAUUGCUUUGGAGAAAAAAGAUCUAUUGGGUUUCGGUGUGUGUAUGUGGGUCUUUGAUUAAAAGUUAGGUGAGACAAGACAGAGAGAGGAAAAGAGAGAAACAAAGGGCAUGGCAAACAAUGAUCGAUAGAUUCAAUAAAACACAAACAAGAGAAGAGCCAACUUUUGAUGGUUGCAAAAAUUACUCAAAGGUCUGGCGGAGACAGCAAAAUCUUUUUGUUAAAAAAAAACCUCAGAGUUGUGUUUUCUCGGCAUACAUGCUAUCAAGUGGCCAGGUGGGUGAGAACAGACGUUGUCUCAUUUCUGCAGAGCAAUCGAUAUUUGCUUCUGACUAACUGUUUCCUCUGGUUAUAAACAGCUUGAGAGUAAGCAGACAAACACCUUUUUAGCACAUAUGAGUUGAGACUUGAUUUUCAACUCCUGACUAAGGUCAUUUCCAGCACUGGAACUGGUUGAUAUAUAACUUAACUUAUAGUUCUAAAAGCGCACAACCCCAACCCCACCCUACCGCCCCAAAAUAAAUAAAUACAAUAAAACGUUGUAUCUAUUCGCUCCAGGACUCCCUCGACAGUUAUAGCCAUUGUGGUUGAUAUAAAAAAAUCUAUAUUUUUUUCACCGACAAAGGAACGCUGAGAAAACUCCACAAAUAAAAAUCUUUGAACCAGAGGUAUUCAAAAGUGGUCUACGGAAGUACUGCAGGGGAAUUGGGAAAUGUUUGGUUGUUUAGGCUUUUUUAUAUUCUUUACUCCCCCGGCAGUUUUUCAACAAAUGUAAAUGUCUUUAAAGACACAUUAACAUUGAUCCAGCACACCAACGUAUUGAUGGAGGCAAAAGACAUCACAGAAGGUCUUUCAAGCAAUGCACAAGUUUAUUUACCUGCCCGUCCAACAAAGAUCGCUGCUGGGCCAAACAUCAUGGUCUUCCAGGUUCCCAGAAGAUUGGCCGAGAGUUCAUUUUCAGGUACCAGCUAGGUUAUGUUUAAAGGGAACCUAUGACAAUUUUAAUCUACAUUUAAAACACUGCCUUGCGGUCUAGAUAACAGUCCCAUUUAUAACACGUUUUUGAGUCUGUCUGCAAGAUGUUUGUUUGUGGAGGCGUUCCCAGAUUACAAAUGAAACCACGGCCCAUCCUUUCCAAAAGUAUCUUAAUUUAUCUUUUGAAAAUGUACAUUGUUUAAAUAUUUAUCUUGGAGUCGUCACCGCUAUUUAUAUUCCAGACAUGGUCGAAAAGCAACGUCAUAAACACUGUAUGAAUUUACUCGGUCACAACAAUAAGUACACCUGCACACUCGCGAUUGAUUCAGAGUUGCAGAAAAAAAUAGCUCCUUUUAGCACCAUGUAUGUCCCUGCAUGUCACCUGUCAGUGUUAUUAUGCAUAUGCCAAGAUUAUAUGAAAAUAAUACUUUAUCCUACCUUGUUUAUCUAUUUCCUCACAGUCUGAAGCUGAGGGGGAGGAACUCCUCCCCCUCUGGCUGAGCGCUAUACUAAAUGUCCAAACAAGUACGUCCAACUUGCUGUGACUUCACGAAGUAGCCAGACUGCAAAACAACAUGAGCAGAUGCAUCCAAAAGUGUGUGCAAGCUCAAGCCAAAAUGUAUUAGCCUUAUUAUUUCACCGUUUGGCAGUGUUUAACACGGGUAUUCCCAUUCACAGUGUAAUAACAUUUAGAAGUCAGACAAGACAAAAAUCAUCAUAGGUGUCCUUUAAGUGUGUGCACCAGAAAAAAUAUUGUUUUGUAUCAUGUCAAAAAAAACACAAGCAGAGGAGAGAAAAGCUUACCCUGCAGAUCAGAAACCACAAGUUAACAAGAUACCUUUAGGGUUAGUUUCCCCAUCAGUUUGGGGGUCCUUUGCUUGGAAAUCAUCAAAGACAAAUACUAAGAAAUCCAGCAUUGUGAUGGCAAUAGCCUACAUUCCCAUUAGUACAAACCAGUGUACUAUUUUGAAAAUAUCUGAGAUUAUUGUUUUCAAAGUUACAAUUUACGGCUUUAUGUGAUCAUUAUGUUGAAUAAUACAAACUGAGAUUGUAAAUCCUUGUAAUAUGAAACAACAUCCAAGGACUUGUUUGGACUAAUAUUUAUAAUGAUAAAUAAAUGAUAAAUGGGUUGUACUUGUAUAGCGCUUUUCUACCUUCAAGGUACUCAAAGCGCUUUGACACUACUUCCACAUUUACCCAUUCACACACAGAUGGAGGGAGCUGCCAUGCAAGGCGCUACCAGCACCCAUCAGGAGCAAGGGUGAAGUGUCUUGCUCAGGACACAACGGACAUGACGAGGUUGGUACUAGGUGGGGAUUGAACCAGGGACCCUCGGGUCGCGCACGGCCACUCUUCCACUGCGCCACGCCGUCCCUUUGUAAGUGUUCUGCCCUUAGGUGCAACAUACAGUGUUAACAAGACAAUUAUAAAAGUCCAUGUCAAACAGCCCAUUCAAAGUAAUUCAGACUCUCACUCGUGUUUAGUCAAUCCGCACACUGAUUGUAAAAUUGUAAAUGCAAACCCGUCACAGUCCAAAAAUUAAUUGGAGGUGUGCUGCACACCAUUGCAGCACUGUAUCUGCAUUUUCUGUCAACUCACAGCAUAUAUGUACAGUACAGUGCAUACAUGACUAUUUAUGAAAACUUGCUCCCUCUAAUGGAAAUAACUGUGGUUAAAGUAGCAGUUUAUGUUAAAUCACUGCAAAUGCAAAAGUUAUAUUGUGAUGAGAUGUACUGCUUUUAGCUUUAAAAAACCCAAUUUGUUGGUUUAGGAGGGUUUACAAUUCCAAAAUGCUGACUGUUACUACCCUGGCAAAUGGUUCAUUUUAAUUCAGUAUGUGUCCAUGCACUAAAUUAGUCCGAUUUCUCAAGUAGUUUGGCUCUAAAUAAGCAUCCUACAGCCCAUGGAAACACAUUAAUCCGAUCGUGCUUGGUUUUUGAAAAAUCGGACUAACACACCUAGAUUAUGCGAUUAGAAACCAGAUCUCUUGAGUGGGUGAGUGCAGAUACCAUUCAAUAAAAUGUAGCAACAAUUGUCAUGAAGAGGAUAAUUUUUAUUUGCUUCACAAACAUUUUGAAGUGAAUCAAUGGUAAAAAAAAAAAAAAAAAAAGAAACAAAGAUUUAUUUAAGAAAGUAUCAAUGGAAAUAUAAAAUGUCCGCUUAAUUUGGACUCCCGAAGGAAAUACGAAUAAGAUGAAAGCAGGUAUAUUAAAGGUGAAAAAUAAAGUGUACACAAACCUCUUCACACUGCAUUUGUGCACUCCAAACUGAUUAGCAAUAACUCUGUAUUUUGCACAACUGGCAAGAUAGCCCAGAACAUUGCACACCUUAACUCCUAGCUUCCAUCAACCGACAGACCCUUAUGAAUGAACGCCGAGACAUUCAAAAAUGUUGUUUCCAGGAUUCUUUGUCCGACAAUUCCUUCAAAAAAACGUUUCCGCUGAUCUGGCUUUACUUUGGACCUGCAUCCGCCCCGAUACAUUCUUGGUAGUAGCGUCUUGUUCGUAGCGCAAUCCAAGAUAAUUUCUUGAUUCUGUCUGCUAUUUAACAUCAACAUACAUUACAUCCAUUACAGACGUAAUAUUUGUAAUCUGUGCCAAUAUUACAACGGACAUAAUUUAAAACAAGUUGCGAAGAUCUGCAGAUGGCUGGUGUGACAUCAAAGGUCAACCGGAAAAUAAAUUCAUUUAAAAGCGUGAAAGUGAAAUAAGCGCCGGGAGGCACAUGGCGUAAGACAUGUCACAUUAGAGAAAGUGCAUGGAUACUUGAACUUCACACGUACUGUAGAUGUGAAAAUACAAAAAUAUGAACUAAUUGAGAAAUCAGACUAAUUUAGCGCAUGGAAACGUACUGAGUGAUAUAGACUUCUUGCACCUGACAUAUGUCUAUAGUAUAAAAAUAUGUAAAGUGAACACACUUGACGCAAUAUCACAAUUUUGGAACUACUAACAGGCAAAUACUCCAAUUAAGAUUAUGAUGGAGUAUCUGUUUGAAAAGUAUGUUUUAUUGGCUGCAAUUUGUAGUUUUUUUUAAACUGUUGGAACUGAGAAGCAUUCUUUAUACUUUGUCCCCUUAAUUUAUGUAAAUGGUAAGGAUGAGUCAUUGAGUGCUUUCACUCAAGUGGGGAAAGAGGACAUGAGCGCUGAUUAUGACCAAUGACAGGAACAACUAUAUUUUUCACUGGCUUCCAAUCUUGAAAUGAUAAUGAAUUGUUUUGCACAGAAGCUCUUUAUCUCAAACUUGGCAUCUUAUGUGAGUGAAGUUUUGAAGGGGUUGAUAAACUUAUAUGAUCUUUAUAAGCUAUUUAACAGUGUGUGUCAAUAUAAAAAUAACUGUGACUGUGUCGGAGUUCUAUGAUUUUACAUGCGUGUUAUGUCCAUGAUACAUACAGUACAGUAUAUUGUAUAAGUAAUGUUCAAUGUCAGGUCUUUUUUUUUUCUUGUUCAGAAAUGAAAAUAUACAUGUUGUCUGCUUCUGUUUUCUUUAAUCUCCAAUGUAAACUCCUCCAACAAGACAGAGUGGUUCUUCUCUUUUUUACUCUGUUUUCGACUUUGGUUUGCACCCAUGCAUCUUUGCAAAUGUGCUCCCUGUGUGACCUUCUUCCCAGCUUAAUCCCACUGUGUGACAAAGUUAUAUGUUUGUGAAAGAUGGACUCAAGUGAAAACAGAGGGAAGAAACCCGACCAAAGCCCACAUGUGUGCUGCCAACACCAUCACUGACCUUUGUGGGCUGGUGUUAUUGUCACGCACGUCUUCCAAAAAGCUCCACAGAAAUUCCUCUUUUUCUCUAUUUCCUACUCUUCUGGACUCCGGGUUUCUCUGUCUCAAGCCAAUAUUCUUGUCUUCCAAAAAAUGGACACUUUGAGAGAAAGAGGAGAACAGAUUUUUAAGCCAUAAAUGAAAAUGGGCAUUGGCAUUGAUUGGCCAAAGAGGGAAGGCCUGGAUUUGCAGGCGCCUUCGGAUUCAGACACAUUAGACUCCAAAAGAGUCAAAUGAAGCAGCGGAAUCUGUCUUUUUUAUAUAUACAAUUGAAGUACAAGCAGGAUGGAAAACCAGCAAUACGUAACAGGAACUUGUCACCGGUUAUACUCAAGGACCUGAAAAUAUCACCUGUGGAUUAAAUGGCAAUGGAUUGCAAAAUAUAUCCAUGGUCUGCAAUAAUACCUUGUAUUUGUCCAGAAUGAAAAAGUGAUUUUUCUUUUUUUUGCCAGGUAUGUCACUGUGGUUUGACUCAAACGGGAUGACUCCCUCUGGACAAAAGCCCUUGAUUUACCCUCUUGAAUCACCUGAUGUUCCAUCAAACCUGUAUAAAUUUCUAUAACUUCUAAACUGGAAGGUGGAGUGUCCUAUUCUGGCAUAGUAUUCAAUAAAGCAGCAUAUAUUUGUAUGGA